UUUGUAGCAUUCGUUAGUUUGUUGGGUUCCUCCCACAGCCUUGGAGGAAGUUCCUCAGCACACGUGUAAGGAGGAGACAUGGCUGGUAAAGCUACCUGGGAAUACCGAGGAGACCCGGAGCGGCCCGCGCUGCUGGUUCAGUUUGCCAAUGGCAGCAUUCAGACUCCAGAAAAUGUCAAUUUUACGUUAUAUAAAAACAAGACUAAAAAGCAAAGGAUUUUGACAGCAGAAACAGAAAGACUGAAUUAUGUCGGAAAAAGUUUCACACCUGAAGCGUUGAAGUCCAGCUCCCUGUGCAGGUAUUUUGUUGGCGUACGGAAUAAACAGACUGGAAAGAUGGAGGUGUAUGACGCUGAGCAUUUUAACAUGCAGCCAAUAUUGGAGGACAGCAGUGCUGAGGAGCAACAAACUGAAGAUACCACAGACCAGUCAAGCAAAACUUACGGAGAAAAGAUUGAUGCUCUGAUUGAAGCCUUUGGUACUAACAAGCAGAAACGUGCUCUGAGUUCACGAAAGCUGAACCAAGUCGACAGUGAAAUUAUAAGUAAAGAAAUGGCAAAGGCGGCUGAGGGGAUUAUUGAGGCCAAGGGAACAACAGAACUGGUGCAAGAAGUUGUGCACAGGAAAGAGGAGGAGGUCUGUUCACUAUUCUUGCCUCCAUGUAACGCUGAAGCAGACAAACAAGAGGACGUUUACAGAUUUCAUGACCUCAUCUCUCCAUUGGAAUAUGCUGCUCUGGAAAAUGUUGCUGCUCCUUUUAAGAAUAUCACACCAGAAGAACUCCAGGAGAAGAUAGAUAAAAAACAACAUAGUGCUUAUGUACUGCGAGAACUUGGUGAUAUUAAGCAUGCAACAGACCCCGAUCGGCAAGCCCGUGCUUUGUGGUAUCUGGACACUCUCGUCAAACUCAGCCAAUCUAAGAUUGUGAAAUGGAAGGAUCUUGCUGCUAUGGAAUGUCCAAAUAUUGUAAUUAGCAACUUUUUGAAGAAUUUCACCACCUCAGUAUUUAGGAAGGAAAGGGUACAGAAUUCAAUAUCGGCGACAAUGAAAUGUAAAAUUGUGUCAUAUGCCCUAGCAUUGGCAUUGCAUAUUUCUGAUUUUCAAGUGGACCUGACAUUAUUACAGAGGGAUCUAAAACUGACAGAGAACAGGAUGCUUCAAAUCGCUAGAGCCAUGAGGCUGAAGAUAAGCAAGAGAGUGAUGUUCACCAGCUUGUCUCUGGGUGAGGGGCACAGACUGGGCAUACUGGAACUUCCUCUGGCAGCGUACAAGCCAAUGUCUGGGGUGAGGAAACGAAGGACAAUGUGAGAAAACCUCUAUUACAGCCUUGUCACAAAUCUUGGAUACAAUUUAAUGCAGCCAGACGGGUCAUGAACUGUGCUGAAUCCUGGUGAAAAAAACUGUUUUGUGUCAUUGUCACUCUGUAUAGCUUACUCUGACAGGUGACAUAAUCUGUACAAAGUUAUCUUUCAGACAUAUUAAUACAAUAAAAAGAAACCAUACC